UCACUGGAGGCUCAGUGUUUCCCUCCCAUGUUGCCGGAGUACACGCACGAGUUAUUUUAUUAUGUUAUUUAUUACUUUUGAGGUCUCAUAACAUGUACGGUCAUUAUUAAUAACGGGAGAAAGUUGGUGCAAAAGUGCAAGAGCGUAUCGAAGUGCAAGUGACACGAAUGAACGUACCGAUGGCCGAUGACAGUAGCGAAACGUCAGAUGAAAGUUUGGACGCGACAAGUGAGAAAUUCGAUCCGCUGAAAGCUUUGUACUCGUCGAAAGUGCAAUUGUCGUCGACCAAUGUGCCGAUCUACGACAAUAUCGCAAAAUUCGAGAGCGUCUUGAAGGGCAUCUGUCACACGCAGACUAAAAGAGACGAGCCCGUCGCGGAGAAAGUCCCGAAACGAAGAUUUUUACCGCAUCAAGCACCAGUGACCACAACGAGACGUGACCCAAAGAAUGUAUUGUCGAAAAUGCAAAAGGUUCUCGGCCCGUUGGAAAUGCUCUACCAAUGCAUGGAGAACAGAAUGCGCAUCAGGGUCUACACCAGAAACGCGCGUGGCAUAAGGGGACACGUGGAGGCAUACGUGGCCGCCUUCGACAAGUUCUGGAAUCUCGCAUUGGAGGACUGCUUUGAGACCUGGUCCCGCAAAGUCAAGAGGAAAGCACCCGCAUUAGUGCUUCGUAACAGUAGAAAGACUGAUGAUAGAAAGGUAAAUUAACGCUGCAAAGAAGCGACUGCGGAUGCUGAUAUUACUUAAAGCUGCAACUUAUGUCAGCCAUUAUGUAAAGUAUUCAACUGUAAUGAUCAAGAAUACAUUAUACUUUUUAAUGCAAAGUUUUUACGCAGAAAAGACGUGAUAGCCUUCGCGCUCCGUGUAUAUUUUAUCAAACCAGUGCAGAACCUGUUUCUACAGAUUUUCGAAGAUAAUAAAAAAAUAAGCUGCCUGAGAUUUUCGAAAUUUACACGCGCGAUGGCGUAACGUCGAAAAGAUGGAUUUGCGAAUUGUACGCGAUUAAAAUUUAUGAGCGACUCAAUUUGUCACCAAUUACAGAUUAACGCAGUAAUAACCACUCUCAGUAUAUAAAUAUGCAGAUGCACAAUAUAAUGGUAUUGUGCAACGCAUAAAUCACAAGUACCGCACACUUCUCGACAGGCGCGAUAGAAAGGAGACGGCUGAUCGAGUAUUCUCGUUUCCUCGCACGCGUGCAGGUUUUUGCGUCUUGAUACUAUGCGCCGCGAGAGAAAUCAAGAUGCUAAUCGAAUCGAGUGAUAAAAGGCAGUGGUGAACUCGGUAAUCCCCGACAUCUGCGCAAGAAUGACACAGCCCUAAGGAAAAAUUCCAUACGCACCGCGAUACGCGUUUUGAUGAAGGACUGAUUUACCUCGCGGAAAAGUUCCACUUGGAAUCUUCAAAGGCGCGCGCAUAUUGGCUUAUCGUACAAUCGACACGUAUCGGUUAUAAAUAAUUCAACAGCUUUCAUACUUUUCACGUAAAUGUACAAGCAUGGCAUACAAAGUUAAAUUUUACAUGCUCUUUUUAUAAACUCCAUUUUUAUAAAGUGGAUGUUUCGAUCACAAAAAUUUUCAUCGCGCAAAUGAAAUUUCGCCAAAAUGAAAUUAUCAGAACUUUUCAGGAAGAAAAUUGAAGAACCUUUUUUUGGUAGAAAAUAUUUUGUAUAAAAGUUCUCUGAUAAAUAUCGUUUGAUUUAAGAAAUAUGAAUGCAUGUGUUGGCUAUUUUAAAAUUAUCGGAUCUCGAUAUAGCUUGUAUGACGCUUAACGGAACUAAAAACCGCGAAUUUGUCUUUUAGUUUACCUCGCUGUCCGCUUGCCAGCUGGCAUCGUCGAUACGGAAUGACGGCGACAAUUUGUCAUUGGAUCAGGGCUGCAGUAAUCGGCACAGUCACUUAAAAUUAUAAAACUCUCUAACACACUCUAAUGUUUUUUUCAUUUCUAUAAUUUGCUCCAUGUACUUAAUUAUCCUUUUUCUUAAUGCAAACUGCGCUUCGACUAAAUAUAAUAUAAAUAAUUCUUAAGUCUUAGUCGCAAAAGUGUAUUAAUUUAUUUAUUUUGAAGAAUAUCGAUUCAGAUUCCGUGUUGUCAUAAAAAUCCAGAAAAUAUACAUACCUACGUCUUGAAACCA